CUAUACAAUUAUCGGGUAGGGCUGAUAAAUUUUUGAUCCAAUCCUUAGAUUGCAUAUCUCAUAUUCAAUACUUAUUCAAUUUUAAAAUUAGAUAAGUAUAUUUUUAGUAAAUAAAUCUGGUACGGAUUGAAAAUUUGUUUGUUUGUUAAUAUAAAUAAAAUUAGUGUGCAUACAUUUUAUAUUAGUAGCCAACUGUCUUCCAAUUUUUCUGGCGAACGACGAACUGAGGUUCCGCCGAAUAAGGUGCAAUGCAACAGUACUCUGCUAUUGCGCCACAAAUAAUACCAAUCUUCCAGUACUUAUGACUACGCAAUUAGUAGAGAACAAAUGUGAGGGGGGAGAAUGGACGUGUUCACCUCCUAAGGAGUGUUGCAGGCAAGGCUGCUGUUUCCUUUUCAACCAGCCUUUUUCUAAAGGAUCCGCCAGCUCCUCUCUUCAACAUGGCACUGCUUUUAAUCCCUUAUUUCUAGGACAUUGGUAUUUUUGGCUUGCCGUGACAGCCACCGUUGCCGGUAUUCUUUGCGCUUGCUCACUUUGGAGGAAGCACAAUCAAGGCAGGUUCUGUUGUAAGGACCAUGGUCGAGAUGAGAGAGCUUCUGAACAAGACUCUAUUACUUCGUGUUGCCCUCCACCUCAGUAUAGUAGAUGUAAUAGUUUUCACCAAGCACCUCCGCCUUAUUCAGAGGUGACCUCCAAGCCAGACUUAUAUCCUUUAGUAAUCAGUUACAAUGCAGAACCGGUGACUAAAAGCAGUAAUGGCUCUACUGGUUAUUUAAUGGUACAAUAUUUUAGAAAUUUUAUCGUGAGGCCUGUCGGAUCAUUAUCUGCAACUAGCACAAUAGACUCCUUAAGUUCCAGUUUUUUAUGCAACGCUGUUAACGAGGCGAACUCAAUUAUCCCUCCUCCUUAUUCCCAUAUGGGUAGUUUAGAUGAAAUAACCACAGAAAAUAAUUUAUCGCAAAAUCCUCAGCCCGUAGAACAGAGAUAUAUACCUCGUUCAGCAUCAACUUCCAGUAGAGAUUACCACCAGUUGCAGCAAAGUUCUUCUAGUCCAAAUCCCAGCAUUCACUCACAACUAAGUACUCCUUGCUUAGCACCCGUUACUCCUGCACGUCAGCUGUCAAAAACUCCCUCUCCGAAGCAACACCAACAGGUGGUCUCCAUAAGAGACAAUCCUUGUUAUGUCGAAAACAGCACAACGAAUAGUACCUUGGAUACAUCUAGUUCUACAGUGCCAAAUGAUUUAGAAAACGCCAGAACAGGUAGAAUAGAAUCAAAAAGUCAAAAUGUCUGUGAUGUUCCGGCCACGUUUCCCUCAAAAGCGCGACAGUUUCAAAAGCACAAAAUUUCUAAAGAUGACUCCGGAAGCCAAGAGGAUGAUCACAACUUUUCGGAUCUUUUAAAUCUGUCAGUAUGUUUACCCAGCAGCGUUCCGCAUUUCGAAAAUCCUAUUCAGACUGCUCCAGAAGAUCUGCAAUACAGUGUCACUAAUAGCAUAGGUUCUGACAUUAGUAGUCUAGCGAAUAUGGGGUCGCCAGGAUCACCACCAAGAGCGACCAGUCCUACAGUUGAAAUGCGUGAGCUAUUGGAUAAGAUUCAACAGUUGCCUCAGCAGAAAAGUCCAGUACCUCCGCAACAUCAAACCGAACAACAAAAAUAUGCUAGAAACUAUUUUCACAAAAUUAAAUCGAAAACGCUUUAUAUGCCACUUUGUGACGAAACGCCUACAAAAUCAAAAAGUAUUACAAAUGUGUUUGCUAAAAGUUGGCUGUCAAGAUCAGCACCAUGCACACCAUGUGGUAACUUUGUUCCGAAUUUCCCCGUGAAUCAUCACAAGGGUAGCCAAAGGGGUAGCAGGUCUAAGAUUACCGACGGAAGUCCCUUACUUAGGGAAGAGGAGUCUGAAGAUGAACCGAUUAACCGGGAGAGGAGGUCAUGAUGGGAAACCUUAAAAUAGAUAAAGUAUUUUUUAAAAACUAUUAAUGGGAAGCGAACCUUCACAGCUUCAUUUGUUUCGGAUCAAGUUGCAAUAUUUCAGAAAAUAAAUGCCAAAAAAUUCUAAAAUUAACAUCGAUUGGCUUAUAUUUUACGUAUUAGAUGGAAUCAAAUAUAAUUUUUUAAACAUAUUUUCUGAAAUAUUGUAUACAGAGAUGAUGACCCCAUUUGUUGGGCCUAAAUAGCAUGUUGAUAUUAAAAAUACAGGUGUUCUGCGAGUUAUCUGUGAUAAUUUAUUUGAACACAGAUGUCGUACGUAUUAUAUUCUUUUCUCUAAUGUACGGUUCACAUUAAGGACACAUGAAUGUGUGGUAUAGUGUACAUUUUUUAUACUUAGUUCCAGAAGUAGCAGUGAUGACACAUAUGUUCUAUCUGCCAAUGACUCUUGGUAAUCCAAGGUAUACUGAAAUUCAAACAAAAUAUAAACACUAAUACCGAAGGGCUUAAAACUAUAAUCUGCAUAUUGCACUUUUAUAAUUAUUAAUCAGACACAAAAAUUAAAUCUGGUUUUUAGUUAAAGAUAAGAAUGAAAUUGACAAACAAGUUGCAAGCACUUCCAAUAUGACGAUCAGGUACACACUUUUCAAAUUGCGGAAUUAGCUUUGGUAUUGCUUAACCUUAAAAUUUAUUGUUACAUAUUUCACAUGAUUUGUAUUCUCAUAAGAGAGUCACAUUGGAAUCUGUUCUUCUCGCAACGGGAAUUCUGGUGAAGUUGAAAUUUGAAAUGGACUUGGAUCCACGCAAAUCAAGAUAUUCCGAAAAUCAUUAACUUAUUGACGUAAUUUAGAAAACAGUUAUGAUCACCAUACACAUUGAUUGUUUCAAUCAAUGAGGCCAAUCAAUGAGGUCAAAGGGCGAAAGAACUAGGGGAAGGCUACAAAUUGUGGUAUGCAGGGAGUAGUAACACUAGAAAUGGAGUUGGUAUAAUUGCUGAUAGUGAAAUGAAAGAUAACGUAGUGGAAGUUGUAAGAACGAGUGAUAGAAUGAUGUCAGUGAAAUUUGUAAUUGAUAAAGAGGUAUUGAAUGUUGUGUGUGUAUAUGCUCCUCAAACAGGUCUGGGUGAGAAUGAAAGAAGAGCUUUUUAUGACCAAGUAGGAGACGUACUGAGUGAUAUUCCAGCAGAGGAGAAAGUUAUAAUAGGAGGUGAUUUCAAUGCACACGUGGGCCAAGCCAAGACAGGAUACGAAGCAAUACAUGGGGAUUAGGCUUUGGAACUAGAAAUGAAGCUGGAGAUGACAUGCUUGAAUUAGCAACAGCAUUGGAUAUGGCGAUUGUUAACACAUUCUUUAAAAAGAGAGAAACUCAACUUAUUACCUACAAAAGUGGACAACAUCAAUCCCAAAUAGACUACUUCAUGAUAAGGAAGGAAGACAUACGUGAAUGCAAGGACUGCAAGGUAAUAGUUAGUGAGACAGUAAGCCAACAACAUAAGCUGCUUGUUCUGUACAUCGAAGUAAAAAGCGAAACUAAACAAAAAUAUCGGAGAGGAACACAAACAAUCAAGUAGUGGAUGCUAAAAGAUGAGAAAGAAGGUCUAUUCAGGAGAAGAAUAGCAGAAAAAAUAUGUUGGAACAUGAAAGGAAGCCCUAAUACAAUUUGGAGAAAAAUGGCCAGUAGUAUUAGAGAGACUGCUAUUGAAAUACUUGGGAAAACGUCAGGAAAAAAGUAUGAGGAUAAAGAGACUUGGUGGUGGUCAAAUGAAUUACAAGGAAAAAUAAAAGAGAAGAGAAAAUUAUAUAAAAAGUGGCAAGAAACCAGAUCCGACACAGACCUUCAAAACUAUAUGGUGGCGAAAAAGGAAGCGAAAAUAGCAGUAACGAAGAUAUAUAAAAUAGCCAAACAGAGAGCAAAGAAAGCAAAAAUUUUAAUCAGAUUAGAUGUAUCCGAGAUGAAAAUAAUAAAAUACUAGUUCACGAAAGGGAUGUCAAAAAGAGAUGGAGAAAGUACUUUGACAGCUUAUUAAAUGAAGAAUUUGACAUACAGCCUGUAGAGUCAACGGAGACAGUAGCAGCAAUGGUCACCAAAAUAACAAACGAGGAAGUGACUCAAGCGCUUCAAAAAAUAAAGAAAGGAAAAGCGGUAGGACCAGAUGAUAUUCCUGGGGAAGUAUGGAGAGCAUUGGGAGAGACAGGAACAAGAUGGUUAGCAGGCCUAUUUAAUAGAAUUAUGGAAGUUGGACAAAUGCCAGACGAAUGGAGAAGCAGUAUACUGGUACCUGUUUACAAAAACAAGGGAGAUAUACAACAAUGUACAAACUACAGGGCUAUAAAACUGCUUAGCCACACCAUGAAAAUAUGGGAAAGAGUAAUUGAUAAAGGGAUACGUGAAGAGACCGAAAUAUCCGAGAAUCAAUUUGGCUUUAUGCAGGGCAGAUCAACAACAGAUGCAAUUUUCAUUAUAAGGCAGUUGAUGGAAAAUACAGGAGUAAAGAAACAAACGCUCAUAUGGUAUUUAUUGAUCUUGAGAAAGCAUAUGAUAGAGUUCCUCGAGAGAUUCUGUGGUGGGCACUCAAUAAGAAAGGAGUCCCUGGUGAAUAUGUAAAGAUUGUGAGGGAUAUGUAUGAGGGAGUAACGACUAGUGUUAGGACAGGUGUGGGAGAGACUGAUAAAUUUCAUGUGAAAGUAGGAUUGCACCAAGGCUCUGUGCUUAGUCCGUAUUUAUUCUCAUUAGUUUUGGACCAGAUAACAUCGAAACUACAGGGUAACAUUCCAUGGUGCUUAAUGUAUGCUGAUGAUGUCGUGUUAGUAGGAAAUAGUGAAAGAGACUUAGAACAAAAACUGGAACAGUGGAGGCAAGCUCUGGAGGAAAAAACUUAGUAGGACAAAAACAGAGUAUUUGGAAUGUUCAUUUAAAGAUGGAGUUACUACAAAUAAAAUGGUAUCUUUGGAUGGUGAACUGAUUGUAAAAAGCAACAGUUUUAAGUACUUGGGAUCGGUAUUACAGAGUAAUGGAGAAAUAAAUGGAGAUGCAUGCAGUAGAAUUAGGGCUGGAUGGAUGAAGUGGAAAGAAGCGAGUGGUGUGUUGUGUGACAGAAAAAUUCCAAUGAAGCUGAAGGGAAAAUUCUAUAAAACAGCCAUAAGACCGGCUAUGAUGUACGGAACUGAAUAUUGGGCAGUGAAAAAGAAAGAGGAACAACGAAUGCAUGUGGCGGAAAUGAGAAUGCUUAGAUAGAUGAGUGGAGUGACAAAGAAGGAUAAAAUUAUAAAUGAGUAUAUUAGGGGAAGUCUAGGUGUGGCACCAAUUGUUGCCAAAAUGAGAGAGCAUAGGUUGAGAUGGUUUGGUCAUGUUCAACGUCGAGACGCUAAUCACCCAAUACGAAGAAUAGCUGAAGUGCGGAUUCCUGGAAGGAGUAGGAGAGGAAGAUCAAAGAAGACCUGGGGGGAGACGAUAAGGCAGGACAUGUUGGUAAAGGGGAUUAACAUUGAUAUGACCCAAGAUAGAAUUGUGUGGAGAAAUGCAAUUAGGGAAGCCGACCCCGCAUAGGGAUAAGGCAAAGAGAAUGAUGAAAUGAUGAUGAUGACACAUUGAUUGUUUUUAUUCACAACUGCAGAUUCUACCCCAAAUUCUGCAAUCUUUCUCAAAGGUAUUACAAAGUGCAUAUUACUUCUUGUAGAUUUAGAUUAAUACUUGUCACACAAUAUGCAGAAGUUUAGGAAAAAUCUAUAAUAUCUAUAAUGGCACAGCUUGCUUCAGGGGUGAUAAAAAAAGAGACGAGGCAAUCACGAAAUUAGUUACUGAUAUAUCUGGUCACUGAUCACGGUGAUCGCAGUCAGCACGGAACGGUAGUUACUGGUGAUUUGUAAAUCACCGUGACUAAAUUAUGUUCCAUCACUACGGGAAAGUCCUUCAACGAAACUUUGUGCGAUUUAUAACGAAUAACUGCAAUGACACAGUGAGGCACAAGGCAUUGCUCCACAAAUUGUACGAUACUCUCAAUGACCACUAUCUAGGUAAGGUCGUAUAUUCCAAAAAGUCGUUAAAUAAGGUCGUAUAUUGCAAAACAGAUGUUUUCGGCAUGCUGGAGUGCAAAGUUAGUAGGUGUAGAGUAAUAGAGUAAACGACCAACCCACGCCGACUGAAACCAAGUAUUUCCUCUAUGCUGACGAUCUCGCAAUAUGACAUCAAGGAAAAAGAUUUGAAGAGCUGGAGGAGAAACUUGUAACUGCCUUAAAAACAAUUACGGCGUACCACCUGCAAGUGCAGAAUUCCUUGAGACCCAAUCCUUCUAAAACACAAGUCUGGGCCUUUCACCUUCGCGAAAAGGAAGCCAAACUCCAAAUUGCGUGGAAUGGUAAUACAUUAGAACAUACAGACCAACAUCUAUAUUUUGGAGUAAUUCUGGACCAGUCGCUCACUCACAGACAACAUUGUAUAAAAACAAGAGGGAAAGUAACAACUAGGAACUGCAUACUCAGAAGGCUAACGAGAAGUUAAAGAGAUGCAUCUUCUGGCGUCUUAGGAAUAACGGCACAUGCACUGUAUUUUUCAACUGCUGAAUAUUCGUGCUCCGUUCGGGCAGAUAUGCCCACACCAAACAAAUUGAUACUGCGCUAAAUGAGACAUGCAGGAUAGUAACGGGGUGCUUGAAACCGACGCCACUCUCAAAUCUAUAUACAGCAGCGGGUUUUGCAGAACACUCAUCGCGCAGAGGUGUUGCAGAGCAAAUAGAGAAAAUUAAACAGAUCGCGGAAGAACGGCAUCCCCUAUAUAAAGCUAGAACACCAAGAAAGCAACUAAAAUCCAGGAGAAACUUCCUUGGAACAGUGCAGGAUGAACCGUCUGAAUAUUUUCCUCUUCCCCAGAUUCAAUGGACCGGCAAUGCGUACAUGCAGAAACUGUCGUCGUCGGUGUACCUUCGAAGAUUAUUGUGUCUCGCCAUUCCAUGAAUGGCAACUUCGCCAUGAAUGACAUUCCGGACACUAUAAAGUGAAGUAAAGUUACGUAAUAUUUACCUAUACUGUGUCCUAAUGUGAACUGUACAUUAUGCAUGUGUCUUUAAUGCCAAUCGGUUUAAGCCAUUUCCCCUAACAAGAAUUUGUAUAUAUUUUAUAAACGAAAGUAGUUGCUCAAGAAAAUAUUUGGUGAAGUUAUAUUUGAUGACACCAAAAGCUUUUAAAUGUACCUAUAUUUUUAAAAUACCAUUACAGCCAGGGUUAGUGUGAUGUCAUGACAUAAUUUUCGAUAUUUCGAUAAGUUUUUAUUAAAAAAAAAAGGAUUGCUUCUGCUAUUUUCACAGCAGCUGUUGAAGCGAUGAAGAAAUAUUUUAGAUUAAAUUUAUUAAUUAAGCUGAACAGCAGAAUGCUGGUAAAUAUUGAUCUUGCAAAAGGAGUUUUUUAUUUUGACCUAGAAAAUUCUUUAUUUCUUUGCAAAUGGAAACGGAACCAAUGUCGAACGAGUAGACCAAUAUGCAAAUAUUGGAACAAUGGUUAACUCCACAGGUGAUUACUUCCAGAGCAGAAUAUAAAAGGCUAGAGCAAAUUUGAACAAAAUGAAAAAAGUGCAAUACACAAGAGAUUUAAAGUUGGAGCUAAGGUUGGCUAGGUGCUACGUUAUCUCGACUCUGUUUUAUGGAAUUAAAGCUUGGACCUUGAAUGCGGCAUCAAUGAAAAAACUUAAAUCAUUCGAGCUGUGAGUGGACAGAAGAAUUCUGAAAAUUUCGUGGACAGAACACGUCAAAAAGAGGUUCUGAGAAAGAUCAAUAAAGAAAUGAAAAUCUUAAAUCCCAUCAAAACAAGAAAAUCGGAAUAUCUCGGACAUAUUACACGUAGAGAGAGAUACAACUUGCUCCAAUUGAUUAUGCAGGGAAAUAUUCAAGGAAAAAGAAGCAUAGGGGACGCAGAAUAUUUGGCUGCGCAACCUGAGUGUAUGGUACGGAUGUACAUCAAAUGAUACAUCAAAAGGAUGUAUAUCAUACCUAGGAUGAGAUUCGGUGAUGCUGAAAACAUACUUCUGAGCAAUAUAGCACUUCCUUGGAAUAUUCUUAAAAGUACAUUCUUCCCAUAUACUAAAAUGAUGUGCGGUAGUACAUUCUAAGUAUAUAAACAGAAGGUUUAUAGCACCUCCUUAGAAUAUUCUGAAAAGUAUAUUCUUGGUAUAUACUGAAAAUAUGUGCAGUAGUACAUUCUAAGUAUAUAAAUAGAACGUUUAAAUACUGUAAUGUAGUAUAUACUCAGCAUUUACUCUGCACAUUCCCAAUUUUAAUUACGCAUAUUCUCAGCAUAUACUUUUUCUGAAAAGUAUGUUCUAUGAAUAUACUAAAAACAUGAAAUUGUUAUGUGGGCUACCAUUUGCUUAGGCACAUUUAAUCUUCUUGUACUCAUCGGAGCGACUCGUGGUGUGUGGUGUGCUAUUAUUCAUAAAAAUAAAAUCACAAAAUAAUUUUAAAUAAACCAAUUAAAUAUGGAUAUAGCUUAGGCUCUUCAGCUUAAUUAAAAAUCAACACAACAAAACCUGGUGUUGUGACGUCACAACUAAAGUGGCUAAAAUAAGCUAUUGAAUGGCCAAUGAAAUAUUUUUAUGCACAAAUACGCUUGUUAUGGAAAAGGCUUAAAUAAAUAAAAGUAUUAACUAGAACUACCUUAUCGUUUGGAUUUCUGUUUGCGCCGCAGCGGGCAAAAGAACUAUCGAUCCAUUGUUGUCAAUUCUUCUGAUGCAAAUAUCUACUUCUAAUGCACCUAUGCCAAUAAAUUGCGUAUUUUUUUGACAAUACAAACAGUGAAGUAACUAAAAUAGAAAAGCUUUGUUUGCUUUGUUCUUUUACUUAAGUGUUCUACGGAGUUUUGGAUAUUAGAUCGCUAAUGUCAAUUUUCUGCUCAUGAAAAUGAGCAUUUCUAUUUACUCAAUGAGUAAGAACUAUACAUUUUAACUUUUGGGCCAGAGUUUAAGGCGUUUUAUAUGAAAAUAAAAUCUAUGUAAGAUAAAUCGAAGUUUGUAUUUUUAUUCGAAUAUUUGUAAUAUUGAAUUUUAUUAUUGAAUAACUAUUUGUUUAAAAAAACAUGCAGAAGUAUUAUAUGCCAUAGUAUCAUAAAAAUAAAUAAUAAAAACACAUUUCUAUCAUAAUUUUAAUUAUGUUUUCUGCUAAUAUUGGAUAUUUGACGUAAGAUGGACAUAUUCGUAAAGUUUUCAUAACUUAUUUUUCUUUAAAAAACCAUCUGUGUAGAUGCAUCACAAACAAUUUACUCUGCUUUCAGCUUCUAAGUUUAAUAUACAGGGUGUUUCAUUAAUAAUUGUCCAUAUAGUAACUGGAGAAACCUUAGCAGAAAAUACGAAAAUUGAACCUAAAACACUUAAAUAAAAUGUGGUUCCUUACUGAGUUACAGGGUGUUUUAUUUAAAAACUAUUUUUGCUCAGCAUUUUAAAACUAUUCGACGUAUGACUUUCAUACUUGGCAGAAAGUGCGACUACUAGACACCGUACUAAAUUAUGAUAAACAAACGUUUUUAGCUACUACCAGAGGCGUACUACAGGGGAUGGUGAAUGGUUGACCCUUCUCAAAUUCUACGUCACUGGAGGAAUUACAAUUUAGUGCCAUUUUUAGAUUCUCCAAUACUUUCUACGUAAAUAAUAUACUGUUCAUUGAUAACGAUAAAGUCAUUAGUUUUUGAGAUAUUUGAAGUUAUUUUGCAGUUAUUUUGAUUAAUUUUUAUGAUAUGAUUCAUAUGAUUAAAAUUUAAAAAUUAUUUGUACCCAGUACUUUAAAACUAUUUGGCGCAUCCUUAUCAUGCUUGGCAGAAAGUGUAGAUACUGUACACCCUACUAAAUUAAGAUAAAUAAACGUUUCUAGCUACUACCCGAGGCGUACGACAGGGGAUAGUGGCUGGUUGACCCUUCCCAAAUUCUACGCCACUGACGAAAUUGCUAUUUUAGUGUAAUUUUUUGAUUUUGCAAUACUUUUUAUGUAAAUAAUAUACUCUUAAUCCCUAACAAUAAAAUUAUUAGUUUUCGAGAUAUUUGAAAUUAAAAAUGAAGCGUCAAAAUAACCGUGUCGUUUCAUUUUUAACUUCAAAGAUCUCGAAAACUAAUGACUUUAUCAUUACGAAUGAAGAGUAUAUUAUUUUCAUAGAAAGUAUUAGAGAAUCCAAAAAUUGAACUAAAAUAGCAAUUUCGCCAGUGGCGUAGAAUUUGGAAAGGGUCAACCGGGAAAUUCACUUUCCCCCGUCGUACGCCUCUGGUAACAGCCAGAAACGUUUGUUUAACAUAAUUUAGUAGUUUGUACAGUAUCUGUACUUCCUGUGUAGUAUGAAAAGGAUACAUCGAAUAGUUUUAAAAUGCUGAGCAAAAAUAGUUUUAAAUAAAACACCCUGUAACUCAGUAAGGAACCACAUUUUAUUUUAAGUGUUUUAGGUUAAAUCUUCUUAUUUUGUGAUAAGGUUUCUCCAGUUGCUAUAUGGACAAUUAUUAAUGAAACACCCUGUAUUAAUCGUCUUUUUUUGUAGCUCUACAGCAGUAUAAGAGGCUCUUGCCUCUCUUAUACAGUAUAUCUCAUCAUUGUACUCCCCGUACUCCCUUUCUACUGCUACUACCAUCUUAAGUAGAUCACUUGUUAAUGUAUUCUUACGCUUUUUUCUUGGCGAUCAAUAAUCAAUCUUCUAAUCAACUAAUCUUCUCCUAUCAGGACAUUCCCAAAAAAUAAGUCGUUUAUAAUACGGUUUACAUAAUUAUGUAGCUUAUGGGAAUUAUAUAUGCGUAUGGGAAUUUUUGGGUACAAAACCUUCUUGAUUCUUGUAAAGUGUCAUUCUAUCUGUUUUUUCCUACUGUACAGAAUUAUUCAUUAAUUCUUUCUAAACCAGGGUAUUUUUAAGAUAUAAACAAUAACGGUACUAUAAAACAGCUUUCAAACUUGAUCAGUUCCAGCGACAACUGAAUCACUGCAGUGACUAUCGUUGAUAGUCCAAUAUCGUCGUAUCGUUGAUACUUGAUUGGUUGACGUAAGAAUAAAGAUUUCAUAUAUUUAGUUUAUUAAAAAUGUGAACUUACUUAAAAAUAUAUCUUUUUGUUUGAUGCUUGAUGUUAAAAGUUUCUCCAUAGUGGGAAUUAAAUAUUUUGCUACAUACGUCUGUUAAGUUUUGCAGUUACUGUAUUACGUCGGUUGAUUUGUGAGUCUCGAUGUAUAAACUCUCUUUAUCAUUGGCUCUACAACCUAUGGUAGGUCUUGGCCUGUUCCAGAAUCAGCUUUCAUUCCUUACUACUAUCCUUUGCCUUGGUUUUUCAAUUUUGCACUCCUCUCUCAAGUCGUCUUCCAUCUGGUCCUUAAAUCUUGCUCUGGGACUGCCUCUUUUCCUCACUCCAUCCGAUUUCUGGCUACAAAUGUAUUUCGACGGCUCCACUUCAUUCAUUCUCUCUAGGUGGCCUAGCCACCGCAACCUGUUUAUUUUGAUAGAUCUACCAAUACCAGGCUCACAAUAAAAAUGGUAAAGCUCAACAUUAUAGCGUCUACGCCAUAAUCCAUUUUCCUUCACGCCUUUAUAAAUACGAGGUCUGGCUAUUAAAUAACGAAACUGCUUAUGAAAAAUCGAAUGCUCUCCUUCAAUAUAUUCCCCUUCCCUCGCCACACACCGUUCCAUUCGUUUUUUCCAUUGGUCAAAGCAAUAUUGGAAGUCUUUUUUUGUUAGAGCUUUUAGGUGCUCCGCCGUUUUUCGCUUCACCUCUUCCAUCGACUCGAACCGGAUUCCUUUUAAGACUUGAUCUUCGGAAACAGGAAAAGUCACAGGGUGCUACAUCAGGCAAGUACGGUGGGUGUUCGAGCACUGGAAUGCCUCCAGCGACUAAAUAACGCUUCACAGACAGCGCGUUAUGGGCAGGUGCGUUGUCCUGGUGCAAGAUCCACGACUUGUUUUUCCACAACUCCGGCCGUUUCUUACGAACUUGCUCUCUCAGCGUUGCCAAAACUUUCAAAUACUAAGUUUGGUUUACAGUUUGACCCUCUGGAACCCAUUCAGUUAUCACGAUGCCGUUAAUGUCGAAGAAAAAACGGCUUUAAAUUUUCAUUUCGACAUCCUUGCCUUUUUCAUUCUUGGCGAUACAGGAGUUUUCCAGUGCAUGGAUUGUCGUUUAGUUUCAACAUCGUAUUUGAAUAUCCAGGUUUCAUCGCAAGUGAUGAUGCUUUCCAUUAAUUCAGGCUCUUCAUGUAACCUCCCAAGAAAAUCUGAGCAGAUCUGUUACGGCCGAGCUUUUGGUCAGGGGUCAAAUUUUUUGGGACCAACUUCGCACAGACUUUCUUCAUGUUCAAUUCGUCAUGUAAAAUUUUUCUGGCAGUUUCUUUAUCGGCGUUUACAGUCUCAGCAAUCAUCCAAAUGCUCAUACGACGAUCUCCGCGCACAAUUUCAUUUAUUUUGGUCACUGUUUGCGGAGUUGAAACAGAGACAGGUCGACCUGGACGUUGGUCAUCUUCGGCGCUCUCUCGGCCUUCAGAAAACCGUUUGUACCAUUCGAAAACACGCGCACGAGAUAGAGAAUUCUCACCAUAGGCCUCUUUCGACAAAUUAUAGCACUCAGUCGGAGUUUUUUUUUUAAUUUAACGAGAAAUUUCACAUUAAUCCGUUGCUCACAGUUGCGAAGUUUUUCGUCACACAUUAUCGGCACGAGAAAAAACACGUUCUUUUCUAAUCUCUACAGAAAAAAUACUACUACAGCGACAAAAACGUGUUUUCGUACUGGAAGAGUAGACACUUCCAGCUAUCCAAUGCUGCAUUCGUUUCCCACUCUUCCCCUCUAGGACGCCUUCUGCGCGCGCAGUCAGGAGAGGAGUUCUUCAUCACUUUUUGUUAUCGUCCACGGUUGUGACGCCUGACGCGUAACUGAGGACGGGAUUGAUUAGAGUUCUGUAUAUCAAUAUUUUUGUUCUUUUUGUGACUAUGUUUGAUGUUAAAAGCCUCCUUAAUCCAUAGUACGCUCUAUUUGCUAUAUAUGUAUUAUAUAUACGUCUGUUUUGUGAGCCUAGGUAUACGAACUCUCUUACUCCUUCGAAAGUAUAUGUUCCAACCAUUACAUCUUCGUUGUCUUGCUACUUGCUUAUUAUUUGUCACCUUCAUAUACUUAGUUUUACUAGUAUUAACGUGUAGCCCCAUUCGUUUUGCUGCUGUAUACAAUGCCGUGACCGAUAGGACCAGGUCCGUUUUUCUUCUGACUAUGAUAUCGAUGUCAUCCGUAUACACUAGUAUUUGUACACUUUUAUUAAUAGGUAAUGGUUUCUCUUUUUGUUAUUCCAGAUUCUCCAAUAGCUUUCUCUAGGAAAAUGUUGAACAUAAGUCACUAUAAACUAUCUCUCUGCCGAAGUCCUAUUUGUGUCCUUUCUUCUCCUCCUUCAUUGGUUUGUAUCUAGCGCGGUUGUCAUCUUGUUCCAGCAUGUUUUUUUUUUAAUUUACCACUCCACCUCAUCUGAAGACCAUGAGUUAACUAUAACCUACAAAAAUUAUUAAAGUAAUACUUGUAUGUUUUUUUAUUAACAAUAAGAAUUUAACAGUCUAGGAUUAACACAUAUUUAGUACUCAACGAGCUUUUGGGAUAAACUGUUUGUAUAUUUCAUUCAGGUAGGUACCUAGUAAAUGAGAUUCGAAAAAUAUGUUGCAAAUUUAAUGUUUCAUAAUCUUUUAUAAGCUUUAUAUCUAUUUAAAAAAUGCAUUUGUUCGAAUUAUUUAGAUCAAAAUAUCGUGGAACACUCAAUGAUACAGGCCUCGGGAAAUAGUUCCAAUUAUUUCCCUUAAAAUACACAACGUACUGAGAUGGUUUCAAACUUUCUUCAAAAUGUUCAACAAAAAUCUUUUUUGUUUAAAAAAUAUUUACAUUGAAACUAUACGUAACGUAAAUGUAGUAUACUGAUGCUGCUUUUUCUUCUUGUAGUCUGUUCAUAUACAGUUGUCGGUCAAGAGUUCUUAAUUUUACCCUUUUUUAUAUAUUCAAAUAAAAAAUCAAUUUGAAACAAAUGAAAAAAAAAACACAAAAACAGAAUUUAGAACAUGCGAACAGAUGUAAAUGAUUGGCUGUGAAAAUUUCUAAUAUCGUUCUUCCUUGCCAUUCGCGUAAAUAUUUUAGCCGCAAAUUUUUCUCUCGAUUAUCUGAUUUUUUCUUUGAUUGACAAAAGAAGUUUCUCAGUUUUUUUCCAUUUUCCUAAUAUUUUUAGAUAGGUUUUAUGUUUAACACAGAAGAAGGAAAAAUACAAAUGAAAAUGCAAGUAAGCCCCCCAUAUUUAGUUAAAAAAAACACAAAUUUUAAGACCGUUAUUCUUUAAAUAUUUUGCUUAAUUCACAAAACUUCUUGAAGAAUGUUGAAACUAGUCUCAAAAGAAAUAAAGUUUUAUUCCAUUGUGACCUCUUUGCAUUCGUAAAGGGGAGCUAUCUUGCAUAUAUAUUACUAUUUUUAUAAAAAAUAUUUGUUGUGGAAUUGUGUAAAUGAUGUUUAAAUUCCAGAAAAAUGUUGAAUUUAUUAUGGAAUAAGUACUUACUUAAAUUAAAUAUCUUGUGUUUCGUGAUAACCUAUUAUUGUAUUUCGUAUACUCUCGAAAAAGUUGUAAGUAGAUGAGAGGUAGUUUGAAAGAAGAGCUGAAAAUAUAUUUUUUUAAACUUACGUCCAUGAAAAACUAACUGUAGAAAAAAGUAAUUUACAUUAUUUUUAUUACUAAAAUUUUUGCUAACACUAGUUGUUUUUAGUAAAAGUUCAGGAAAAACCAUAAGGCCCCUAUAGACAUUCAUGUAUACUAGAACAGUAUAUAUAUGCACAAGUUUAUUGCACAAUUAUGUUCUGUACAAGCGACAUGAGACUUGCGGAAAUUUUGGAAUUUUUAUUUGUGCAUAUCAGACUUGCGCAAAUGUAAUUGAGCAUGUGUUGAGUUUUGACCAUUUGUCUAGCUAGACGGACGAUAUUGGUGUUUUCGGUAGAGUAGUUGGUUCCAAAGAUGACAUGGUUCAAGUUGAAACUGGCGGCAUUGUGCAUGCAUACUUGUACGUGUGCUGUCGACCUUCAAACUUUAUGGAAGGAUCCUUAAAAAUCGGGUUAAAAGGAAGUAUAAAGAUAUGGAAGCCGACGAACAGACGAGUUUUAGAGCAAGAAGGACACAACCGACCACAUCUUCUAUGUAACUCAAGUGGUUAAGAAGAAGACAAUGUUUAUUUCUCAGACUUCUCAAGAUAUACCUUAAGGGUAUAUCUUGAAUAGAGGAUUUAUAAGAGGGUCUUAAGAAUAAGGAAGAGGAAAAUACUCCGCGACAACACUGGACGUUAUACUCUGUGUCAUGCAGAUGAUCAGAUAUUGUUGAUACAACAAUAUGUUGUUCUAAAUAAGUUUUUCUUAAUAUUUUUGAUACGCAGAACCCUUUUUAAUAGUCACUUUUAUUGCGGAACCCCUGAUUUGUGUCAAUAGUAUGCUUUUAAUAUAACAUCCAUGUAAAACGUAGCGUUGGAGCAAGAUGAAUGUCUUGGCUCCGUAAUCUCAGAGAAAUCUCAGAGACUCAGGUUCAAGUGUUCUUCAAAUCAACUUUUUAGAGUUGCUGUAAAGAGAAUAUAAAUACUCAUGCUCAUGAUGAUUCAAAAAAAGAAGAUGAUGGAGUCGUCUGGCUUAGAUAGUAAUACUUAAGAAUCCUCUCCUGUUAAAAAUCUUAUUUCAAAGACCUUGAUCUGAUAAUUACUUUAUCCCUUAUUGGCAUGAUGCAUGAUGAAUAUUCCGAUUGGCUACCUAUGAUACAGAAUAUAUGAGAAGAGGUAAAUAAGAAAAUAUUGAAUUUUAAAGAUACUUGAGUUGUAACCGAUAGGAAACAUGAAUAGUAAAGUCAAAUUCAAUUCGACUAAAUCAUGGAAAAUUCAACAUCAAAAGCAUAGGAAACUGGAGGUAAGCGGCUAACUAGGAGGAAAAAUAAAAAAAAGAUGAACAUAAGAGGUCGAUGAAGAACUCACAUAGAAAUCACAGUGAUGGGUAGUCAUUGCUGAAGAGACUUCGGCAAUGGGCUUAAAACUAAUAAAAUCUCAUAACAAGAACAUAAAAAAUAUAAUAACUGAAAAAUAAUAAAUCAAAAUCCUACUUAUUCAAAGGUGGUAUCGACCAGACAGAAUACGUUGCAGUUUUUUAGAACAUAAGCAUGAACGUAACUAUGUAUAACAACGUAUUAUUGACAUCUUCUUGAAUAUUUUGAUAUUGCUAUUUUGAAUAUUUUUACCCUUAAGAGCAAAGGAACAUUUUGACGCCUGUCAAAAUUUUCAAUGUAUUUUAGAUGUAAUCAUUUUUUUCGAAUCCUGAGAAAACUAAUAAGUAUUUUUGAAAAAUUUAAACGCAGAAUGAAAGAUUACUUUAUUACCGAGGGCUGAAAGUCCCUUAGAAUGAAUAAAAACUUUCUUUUGAAUGAGAUAUUUGAAAUUAAAAAUCACACUACAUUUUCUUUUAGUUUUUCACCCCUGUAUCUUAUUAAAAUAAACAUUAUAGAAGUUUUCAGGGACUUUCGGCCCUCGGUAAGAACGUAAUGUUUCAUUCUGCGUUUAAAUUUUUCAAAAAUACUUAUUAGUUUUCUCAGGAUUCGAAAAAAAUGAAUCCCCAUUUAAAUACCAUUGCAGCCGAAAAUACGUACCCAUCCCCUUAAUAAUUAUUUUUUCAUGGACGAUAAUUUCAGCUCUUGAUUGCACGAGUAUGUUCUGGCUAAAAUCGGUCUUAUUGUUAAAACAUAAAAAUGCGUAUUGAAUGCUUUUAUUAGAGCGGGUGUAGAGUUUUAACGCAGUAUUUUUGUAACGUAUCGUGGGCACGUCGACCAUCAACCAAUGGAGUUGUGUUUCUUAAAAUAAGACAUAUUUGAAAUGUGAUUAUGAUGUAAAAUAAAGAAAAAAUAAUUUUUACAUAUUUUUCUAAAUCAUUUUAAGAUAAACAAACAGAUUUUAAAUCUAUUUACCCAUAUUAUAAGCAUUAAAACUGAAAUAUUGUAUUUUUUAUUUGGUGUAUAGGUAAAUAAGGACGAAAUCCAGUGUGGAUACCUACAAAUACAUAGAAACAUUGAUGACAUCGAAUGUAGACUAAACCAAAGAAAUUAAGACACGUAUUGACGUGCUAUCCAUCAUUAUAUUUAUAUACUUAAAAAGUUUCUUUGUUCUCGGGAUAUAAGGUUAAAACUACACCUAAGGAUGCUUUGGUGUUACUUGUUCUCUACUUUUCUUUGUGACUUGGAAGUGUAGACACUAAAACAAGUGAAUCUGAAUAAGUAGGUUACCUUUGAAUUUGGGUGAUACAGAAGAAUCCUACGAAUAUCAUGGAUUUCUCUCAGCUGAAUUUACAACUAAGAAUCAAAUUCCUAAAAUGUUAUGUGUAUCCUGUAUUACUAUAUGGAUGUGAAACCUGGAUCAUGAAGGUUAACAUGAUGAACAAAUUAGAAGCCUUUGAGAUGUGGUCGUAUCGUAGAAUGCUCAGAAUAUCUUGGGUUCAACGCAUUUCAAACAGAGAAGUCUUAAACAGAGUAGGUCAAGGCGAAGGUGACUUAAUGAAGAUGAUAAAAAAGAGAAAACUGGAAUAUCUGGGGCAUAUAAUGAGAGGUAGCAGAUACAGGAUGCUGCAGUUAAUACUCAAUGGAAAGAUCGACGGAAAAAGAGGAAUUGGUCGGAAGAAAUAUUCAUGGCUCCGAAACCUUCGUCAAUGGACUGGCUUAUCAGCAGAUCAAUUGUUACAUGCCGCACAAGAUCGAGAACGAUAUCGGCAAAUUGUUAUGGAAGCUACCCACGCCUAAAAAUUUGGGCACGGUACUUAAAGAAGAAGAAGAUCAUGGAUUCAAAUAAUGUCACACGUGGAAGUAAAUAGAAGGAUAGGAAAUGAAGUGAAAUUAAUAUCAACUAUCAAAAGACUCGAGUACUUAGGACAUACGAUGAGAGGGCAAAUAUACUCGUUAUUACAACUUAUUACGCAAGGCAAAAUUUGAGGAAACUGAAAGGUCUGAAGACGAAUAAUAUCCUGACUUAAGAGAACUUGAGGGAAUAGUUUGAAUGCAGUAGUCCAAAAUAUUUCGAGCGGUAGUCAACAGGGACCGAAUAGCCUUGAUGAUUUGCAACCUUAGAAGAUGGAACUUGAAGAAGAAAAAGAAGAAGAAGAAGAAGAAGAAGUACCUAAUAUGAACGUCACAAACACUAUGUGGUGAAUACAGAGACAUGUUAAGGUUAGAUUUGGCUAGUUAUAUGCCACUCAAUGCAUCGAGGUGUAACGCCGACAUAGGGUUGAGUGGUCUAGCCAUCUUUAUCUGUCAUAUGCGCGGGGUCGCUUGGUUAAAAGAGUUAGAUAGACCACCGAUCGACUGUUUCGAAUUUUUCCUUCAUGGAGCAAGUAUUUCGUAUCUGUCUCUCAUCAUUAUAUGAUCUAGGUACGUUAGUUUAUGUUCUAUGAUUGAUGGCCUCAGCUUAUUGUUCGUCUGCAUUCUGCUAAGGACUUCGGUGUUUGUUGUUCUUUUGAUCCAGAGAAUACAUAGUACUCUCCUGUAUAUGUAAUGAUAUAUUUCAAAAGCUACGAUGCGUUUUUCAAGCGAUGUGUUUUCCAGAAUCUAGCUCUCACAGCUUUAGAGAAGAACUGGGAAUACAUAACAGCAUUUGAAUACAAAGUCUCAUGUCUCGAGUUCUCCUGACGAAGAAGUUUUUCAUUCCGCUGAACGUUUUCCUAGCCUGUUCAAUUCUUGAUAGAACCUCUUUUGUUGAAUCGUAGCUGCUAUUAAUUAGUGCACCCAGGUAUCCGAUGAACGGCAUUCAUCAUCAACGAUGUUCAACGAUUAUGUCACGUAUUUGGAAGACAGCUUGUAUUUGUAAUUUAGAGAAUGUAAUUUGGUGAUGCUCGUAUAUAGGUCAUAAUGAUCGCUACAUUCAACAAUGCCGUCUACAAGUUUCUGAAGUUCCGACAGGCUAAUGCCUAGAACAACUGAAUUAUCGGUAUCUCUUAAUUUAUUAAUUAUUUUACAAUUGAUUUAUGAUUCUUGCGCCAUGGCCCUUAAGAGACUCUACGAAGAUGUUUUCAGCGUACAGAUUACAGGGAAGUGGGGAUAAAAUGGGGAUUCAUGAUCACCUCCAGAAACUUGGAUGCAUUUGAAAACUCCACCAUAACAUUGAAUACUAAGUCCAUUGAAAGAGUGAGCAAAUUUAAAUACCUGAGAACGUGGCUUUUUGAAGACUGGCUAGAGACACAACUGGCUAGUGAUUUUAGUAAGUAAUUUUGCCAAUUUCGUAAAAUUGUCAAAUUAAUAAUUACUAAAUAGUUAAUCAUUAUUAAAUAAUUAGUAAUUUUGCCAAUUUUGGCAAAAUUGACCAAAAACAAAAAAAAAAUACCUACUAAAAUCACUAGUCCGCAGUUGUGUCUGAGUUUAACGAACCGACUAUAUACAUAUUGGUUUUGUUUAGAAUACAUCACCAUUUAAAACAGAUAUUAAUAUUUUUUGCUAUUUAAAUAGAAAAAACAUACGUUUUCUAAUUUUGAGAAACACAACACAUUCAAGACGAUUCUAAUAGACUUCUGCUUUAACGAUUUUAAGUUGUUUUUCGAUAUACCUACUUUUAAAUUAAGUAUUAACUUUAGUAUUUUUUGUAUAUGUAUUUAUUGUUAAAUAUUAUAAAAUAAAACAAAUGAAAUAGAUUGUAUUUAGUAA